AUGAGUGCAAGUGUUCAUGUUGCAGCAUUAGAAGGUCAACUUUAUGCAGUUCAACAAGUCAUAAAGUCUGAGCCUACGGCUGUAAAUUCGAAAGACGAGUUUUUAUUAGAUAAUGGUUCAGACGUAAAUGCUGCUGAUGAGGCAUAUUGGACUCCUUUACAUAUUGCUGUUUCAACAGGAAAUUUAGCCGUGACAGAAAAACUUUUACAAUUAGGCGCCAUUGUCAGUUCUCAAAAUGAGAUGGGCCUUACUCCAUUACAUUACGCAGCUUCCAAGAAUAGGAUUGAGAUUGGAACUUUGUUAUUGGAAAGAGGUGCCGAUCUGAAUAUUAGAGAUCAAAAUAAUCAAACCCCUCUCCAUCGAAGUGCGGUCCGCGGAUAUACCAUGUUUGUGAAAUUAUUGCUCGAAAAAGGCGCCAGACCUAACGUAGCUGAUAAAGUCAAGAACACUCCAUUACAUUUGGCGUGCGAAGAAGGAUACGGUGACUGUGUAUUAGUGCUGAUUGAAAAUGGUGGAGAUAUUACACUCGAAAACGAGCAAAAGAAAACGCCAUUAGAUUUGUGCAAGAAGCAAUUGAAAGAUUUCAUUUUACAACAAACUUCAACAGAGGAAUAA